CCGGCACACUCCCACUCCCGUCCCGCACCCCGGUCGCUGACAGCGGCCAUGGCGGAGCUGCGGCACUCGACGGUGGCGGCGGCGGCCCGCGCGUCCAACUCCCCAGCCAAGCGCGACUCCGACGCCUCCGCCUCCUCCUCCCCGUUCUCCGCCGCCUCCACCGCCCGCGGCCGCGACGACGACGGCAAGGACGCUCACCGCUCCUCCCCUCUCCUCCCUCACCACCACCAUCACCACAAGCAGCUCCUCCCUUCUCCCUUCCGCUCUCUCAUCGCACUCGAGGAUCCAAGGGCCCCCACCGCCUCCCUCUCCUACCGGAUCUUGCUCGCCGUCCUCGCCUUACUCCUGCUCGCGGUCCUCUUCUCCGCGCCGUCCCCCUGGUCCCGCCUCAACACCCCGUACUUGUGCCAGAAGGAGGGGAUCACGCUGCACUGCCCUCAGACUAAGGAACCCCUCUCGUUGUGGGAGAACCCGCGUGCUGCCACCACGUCCUGGAAGCCCUGUGCAGAGCGUCGAAGCGAUGAGCCCUCAGACGUGCGACCUGAGAACGAAACCUCUGGGUAUAUUUUUAUUCACGCUGAAGGUGGACUAAACCAGCAACGUAUAGCUAUAUGUAAUGCUGUUGCAAUUGCUAAGAUAAUGGAUACAACACUUAUUUUGCCAGUUCUAAAGCAGGACCAGAUAUGGAAAGACCAAACGAAAUUUGAAGAUAUAUUUGAUGUGGAUCAUUUCAUAAACUAUUUGAAGGAUGACGUACGCAUUAUCCGAGACAUCCCUGACUGGUUCGCUGAAAAAGAUGAGCUCUUCACCAGCAUAAAGCGUACUGUGAAGAACAUCCCAAAGUAUGCAUCUGCGCAGUUUUACAUUGAUAAUGUACUUCCAAGGAUCAAAGAGAAAACAAUAAUGUCUAUUAAGCCAUUCGUCGACAGGUUGGGGUAUGACAAUGUUCCGAUGGAGAUUAACCGUUUAAGAUGCAGAGUGAAUUAUCAUGCGCUGAAGUUCCUACCUCAUAUUGAAGAAAUGGCUGAUAAGCUGGCAACGAUGAUGAGGAACCGAACUGGCAGCGGAAACCCAUACAUGGCCCUUCAUCUGAGAUAUGAGAAAGGAAUGGUAGGCCUAUCCUUUUGUGAUUUUGCUGGAACUCGGGAGGAGAAAGUAAUGAUGGCAGCUUAUAGACAGAAAGAAUGGCCACGUCGCUAUAAGAAUGGAUCUCACCUAUGGCCGUUAGCACUGAAAAAGAGAAAAGAAGGGCGUUGCCCCCUUGAGCCUGGUGAGAUAGCUGUGAUCCUGCGAGCAUUGGGGUACACAAGGGAAACACAGAUAUACGUUGCAUCAGGGCAGGUGUAUGGCGGCAAUAACAGGAUGGCUCCCCUCAGGAACAUGUUCCCAAACUUGGUGACCAAGGAGGAGUUGGCGGGGGCGGCAGAGAUGGCGCAAUUCCGGAAGCACGUGACGAGCCUCGCAGCGCUGGACUUCCUGGUGUGCCUCAAGUCUGACGUUUUUGUGAUGACGCAUGGUGGCAACUUCGCCAAGCUCAUCAUGGGGGCGCGGCGCUACAGCGGGCGGCAUCGGCUCAAGUCCAUCAAGCCUGACAAGGGGCUCAUGUCCAGGUCCCUCGGCGACCCCUACAUGGGCUGGGCCUCCUUUGCUGAGGAUGUCGUCAUCACGCACCAAGCCCGCGCCGGCCUCCCCGAGCCGACCUUUCCAGGCUAUGACAUCUGGGAGAACCCCCUCACCCCCUGCAUGUGCAGAGCCUGAAACAAACUGAGCAGUAGUACACAAGUGACAACCAUUGCUAAGUUAGCUAGUGCUUCCAUUUUCCUUUAUUUCUAUUUUAUUUUUGUUCAGGUGGUACCAGUAGCAGUAUGUAGUCCUGGGCUCCUGGCUAUCUAAGGUUCAUGUGUCCAGAUGAUUAGGUGUAGUGCCUCGCCUGCUUAAACAGUUCUAUGGCCUAUGGGAUUCUUGUGUCCAGUCCAGAAGCAGGAUUUCUGGAUUCAGAUAUUGCAUUCUUGGCGCAAGAUGAAAUCAAUGUAUUUUUGUCAAGGGGGUGAAAUCAAUGUAUUUUGUCAAGGGGGUGAAAUCAAUGUAUUUUGUCAA